UUCCCUUGGGUCGUUUUAUGUACACAUCAUUUCCACAUCUUAUCAUUUACACCAUACACAGUAUAUAUACAUUCAUCCCAUAUUUACAUAACAAAGAAAUGGGGAGGGUUCCGGUGAGCUUUGAGAGGGUGGCUGCGGCCUUCGAGGCUGACGUGGCACGAGUAAGGCCAUGCCAGAGCGGCGAAACUGAGUACUCGUCGGAGGAUCUCACUGAUUUAUCGGACCUUGUGAAAUCCUUCAUAGAAAAGGAGGGAGAGGAAGAAGAUGCGGUUGGUGUUGGUUGUGAUGACUCGGAUGAGGAUUUGGAGUGGUUUGAUUCUGAGAAAAGGGAGAUCCUUCAAACGAUAUUCAGUGAUGAUGGGGAUGAUGAUUUCAAACGUAUACUUAGAAGAGAAAUUGAUCUUGCGUUGAAUCUUGUUGUGGAAAACGAGAAAUCGGCACCCCAAUUCAAACCGCAACUGAUGUCUAGUCUGCGCGAGAGAGGUUUUGAUGCUGGGCUUUGCAAAUGCAAGUGGAAAAGAAAUAGAAGAUUCCCAGGAGGUGACUACGAGUAUAUUGAUGUAAAUUUUGCAGGAAAUCGAUACAUAGUUGAAAUCUCCCUUGUGGCAGAAUUUGAAAUAGCUCAUCCCAUAAACCAUUAUUCUUCUUUACUUGAGAUUUUUCCUCAAAUAUUUGUUGGAAAAUUGGAAGAACUGAAACAGGUUGUGAGAUUAAUGUGCAAUGCUAUUAAAAGGUCUAUGAAAAGCAUAGACAUGUACAUACCUCCAUGGAGAAGAAUUGAGUACAUGCAAGCAAAGUGGUUUAGUUCGUAUAGAAGAAUAACUGAUGAGGUUGCAACUAAAAGAACAUCGUCUUCUUUAUCCAGUAGCAGGUCUAUUGGAUUUGAUGCAAUGAAAUCGUACAAAUGCAGAGAUGAUUACGUGAGUAAACCUGCAUUUGGAGUUUACCAUUUGACGAAUGCAUUUUAUGCUGAUGGCCCUGGGAUGUUACUGUAGUCAA